CCUCCUUCCACCUUAGCCACCACUGACUCACCUGUCAGGUAAAAAAAAAGCGCUUCAUGUGUGUGAACACGGAGCACCAGAGUGAACAUUUGCACCAUGGACUCUCCACCUCGGGACUCUCCGGCCAGACCAGGUUUUCAGAGGGUUGAAGUCCAUAAGACGACGUGGGACGUCCCUCAAAGAUACACAACGCUGUGGGCUGUCGGCUCCGGGGCCUACGGGACAGUUUGCUCCGCCAUUGACCAGAAGACCAAGGAAAAGGUGGCCAUCAAGAAGCUAUAUCGUCCUUUCCAGUCCCUCACCCACACCAAACGGGCCUACAGAGAACUACGUCUACUACGUCACAUACAACAUGAAAACGUGAUCUGCCUCCUUGACGUCUUCACACCUGAUUCCUCCGUGGAGAAAUUCCAAACAUUUUACAUGGUGAUGCCCUUCGUAGCCCAGGAUCUGGGCCACAUCAUGAAGAAGCGGCGAUUGAGCCAGCGCAUCAUCACUUAUCUGUUCUACCAGCUUCUCAGAGGACUGAAAUACAUCCAUUCUGCUGGAAUCAUCCAUCGGGACUUGAAACCUGGUAACCUCGCUGUCAACGAGAACUGUGAACUAAAGAUCCUGGACUUUGGUCUAGCUCGGCAGACAGAGACUGAGAUGACCGGUUACGUGGUGACCCGCUGGUACCGCGCCCCGGAGAUCAUAUUGAACUGGAUGCACUACAGUCAGACAGGUAACAGAAUAAUGCAACAACAACAACAACAACAAAAUAAUACAUUUCUGGUCCUUCUGACUUGUUUCAAAUGCGUCACAGUUGACGUCUGGUCUGCCGCCUGCAUCCUGGCCGAGAUGAUCACCGGUCAGGUUCUGUUUCCUGGACACGACAGUAUUGAUCAACUGAAAAAGAUCCUCCGUCUGACUGGAACACCAGACUCCACUUUGGUGCAAAAGAUGCAGAGUAAAGAUGCACAAUCCUAUGUUCAAGGUCUCCCGCCGCAAAAGAAGAAGAACUUCAAAGAGGUGUUCGAGUCCAUGGAAGACAAAGCUGUGUCGCUGUUGGAGGGCAUGUUGCUGCUGGAUCCUGAGAGCAGGUUGACGGCCGAGCAGGGACUGUCGCACGCCUUCCUGGCUGAAUACCACGAUCCGGAGAGCGAGCCCGGCUCUCUGCUUUACGACGACUCCUUUGAGAGCAUGGAGCUCACCAUCGGGGAGUGGAAGAGUCUCAUCCAUAUGGAGAUCAUGACCUUUGACCCUGACGACCCCAGCAGGACAGCCAUAUAAGAUGAUGCAACAAUGCACUUCUACUGUGAAGGUGACGUAUUAAAAAGACAGGAGGUAUCACUCCCUCCAUUAUUGCCAUGUAGACACCUCUGAAUGAAUGUUACCACCACUUGUUACCAGCGGAGAUGCAGACGUAAACACACAGUUUCUCAUUGCAAAUGCUGUCACUGUUUUUGACGUAAUCUGAUAUUAAAAAGGUGUUUAUGUACAUCACAUAUAUUAUGGCAAUAUUUACACUUUUUUUUUCCAAUAUUAAGAAAUUAAAAAUGGGAGCAACUGUCAGAAUUGUGUGACCUUUUCUAAAUACUUAAUACUGUAUAUUUUUGAAGAAAUUAUAAUGCAGUAUGUAAAAUGUGAUUAUGUCACCGUGUUGCAUUAAAAGCAUGUAAAGACUAUAGUAAAAUCUGGUUUUGACCUUUUUGGUGUGAUAAGGAUAAUGUAAUUAUGAUAUUAAAUACGAUUAAGUACGAUGUUGCAUGUUCAUCCACA